AUGAUGGCAAAGAGUAAGGAAAAUGUCAGCGAGAUAUUGAGGUCGGUCAACACCGCCGAGGCCCUAGAGAUCCAGAGAGCGGUCGACGAGUGUGUUAAGUUCCAACUGACUAAGAGGCUAGGCAUGCUCGACGGUACUGUAACAGGUCCCGGCAAUCCAGAGAUGGCCCCUAAGAAGGGGAGGCCGAAGGGUUCAACAAAGCAGGCUACCGGUACCAUCGGCCAAAGGAUUCGUACGGGCCUGGGUCUGGACGUGGGAGGAGAGCGANUCGAGGCGAUGUGAUGGCUUGAAUGAAAGCUGGGAGCCAUGGCAUGACUGCGCUAGUUAUUGCGGCUGCCGGCGAGACGCUUGAGAGACGAUGUGGGGUAUUGUCCCAAAUUUGCCAAUAUGGGACAACCCCUGUUGGAGUCGCCGUGCCCUCUUGCGAGGGUGUAUCUCGGCAACCACAUGUCGAUCGAGGCGAUGUGAUGGCUUGAAUGAAAGCCGGGAGCCGUGGCGUGACUGCGGUAGUUGUUGCGGCUGCCGGCGAGACGCUUGGGAGACGAUGUGGGGUGUUGUCCCAAAUU